AUGUUGGAUGGACCAAUUGGAGGAGGAGGACGAGAAGCAGUAGAAGCUGAUCAAUAUCAGGUUUGUUGGGUAAAGUGGAAUAUUGUGUAUGCGGACGUGCACGUCGUCUCUCCGAGUCUCCAAAGUUUGCAGAAAAAGAAAAUUAAAACAUUGAAAGGAGAGCAAAAGCUGGUACCUUGCUUUAUAGACACCCUUUUCACUUUUCUAACUAAUCACACUGAUAUUACUUCAACAAUCUUAUUGUUGAUAAUUUUCUGUAGGCUUGAAGAUGUAGGAAAGCCAAAGGCUGAAGUUGCUGCAAAAAGAGUGAUGGAAAGAGUUAGUGGAGUGAAUAUCACGUCGCAUUUCUGUCGCAUUGAGGACAAACCAUUGGAUUUCUAUAGUGAUUUCAGCAUAAUUGUCCUCGGUCUUGAUUCCAUCGAGGCUCGAAGCUACAUAAAUGCCGUUGCUUGUGGCUUUCUAGAGUAUGACUCUGAUGAUAAUCCGCGGGAAGAAACCGUCAAGCCUAUGGUGGAUGGUGGAACUGAAGGAUUCAAGGGCCAUGCCAGGAUUAUAGUGCCAGGAACGACACCAUGUUUUGAGUGUACCAUUUGGCUCUUUCCACCACAAGUAAAAUUUCCUUUAUGUACUCUUGCAGAAACUCCUAGAACUGCUGCUCAUUGUAUCGAAUAUGCCCAUUUGAUUAAAUGGGAUGAGGUCCACAGUGGCAAAACUUUUGAUCCAGAUAACCCCGAACAUAUGCAGUGGGUUUAUUCAGAGGCUCUUAAGAGGGCAGAACUUUUUGGAAUUCAAGGAGUUACAUAUUCUUUGACUCAGGGAGUUGUGAAAAAUAUCAUUCCAGCUAUAGCAUCCACCAAUGCGAUUAUCUCAGCUGCCUGUGCUUUGGAAACCUUGAAGAUGGUUUCUGGGUGCAGCAGGACAUUAUCGAAUUACUUAACAUACAAUGGAGUUGAAGGUCUCCAUACCAAAGUUACGGAGUUCGUCAGAGACAAAGACUGUCUAGUUUGCGGUCCUGGUGUUCUUAUUGAGCUCGAUACUUCCAUUACCUUGAGAAAGUUCAUUGAUCUGCUCGAAGGUCAUCCCGGGCUGCUCCUCAGUAGAGUGAGUGUUACUCACCGAGGGAAGAAUUUGUACAUGCAGGCGCCUCCUGUACUAGAAGAGAUGACUCGAUCAAAUCUCGAUUUACCAUUGUUUGAUCUAAUGGAUAAAGUUCCCAAAGACAUUGUCCAUGUUAAUGGCAUGGCCGGAAAAGGUGACAAGAAACAGUCGUGUUUGAGGAAACUGCGCGUUGUUUUCAAGGGGAUCGAUGUAGUUGCAGUUGAGGAUAUGGUGCUUGGUGCGUCAUUCUGAUAACGUACGUGUUGCAUAGGUUCUUGGUGUUUCAGUAUUACACAGUUUUAUUGUAGAAGGCAGGAACUUCUAUUUUUCUGUAACAUUUUUAUAAUAUAUGUCAUCAGGUUAACCAUCGAGACGUUGAAUAUAUUUUAAAAUUUGAGUGGUC